ACUGAACAUCUUAAGCUCUCAAUUUGCCCAAAAACAAAUUUUCAAUUCAACUUCAAACUCAGUUUAUUCUCCCUUGAUGUUGGUCAUGCAAGAAAGUGGAUGGGACUACACAGGCAUUCAUGGCCAUCACAGUGAAUUUGAGCCGCCUCAAGGAAACCAUUUCACUGAGCUGCAUCCCAGCACAUACCGCUACGGAGACGUGGAGUCCUUCCAUCCAGCCGUAGAUUCCCCAGGGAUGGGGACACUUUUACCUGUCGUUCCUCCACAGUAUACUUUUGUCCCCCAUACACUGUACCAGCGGUCCCCGGUCCCCCACUGCAGUACUGAUGAUGAGGACCCUGGGGGACGCAGUCCACCCUUUGAGGUGUCCGAGGGUGAGGACGACAACAACAGACAUCCAGGCAUCUCCAGCACUCUAUCAGGAAACAAACGGAAAGUGCGUCUCUAUCAGUUCCUCCUGGACCUCCUGCAGGACGGAGACAUGCGGGACUGCAUCUGGUGGGUGGACCGAGAGCGAGGCAUCUUUCAGUUCUCCUCCAAACACAAGGAGACACUCGCCAGCCGCUGGGGCCAGCAGAAGGGCAACCGCAAGAGAAUGACCUACCAGAAGAUGGCCAGGGCCCUGCGCAACUAUGGCAAGACCGGCGAGGUCAAAAAGGUUAAGAAGAAGCUCACGUACCAGUUCAGUAGCGAGGUGCUGAGGAGGACAACUACGGAUAGGAGGCAGUAUCAUCACUGAAACUCUGGACACAAAACAUUUCCUUUAGAUCCAGUGUCUCUUACCCAAAAUAUUCUCAGAUUCUCUCCUCUGCCAUUGUUCUGCAGCAAAACAUGUAAUCUCAGGGAUAUGUAAUAUGUAUUGGCAAUAUAGGGAUAUAAAAUAUUUGAGUAGCUGACAAAUGGACAUGGACAAUAGACAUUUUUAAGGUCAACGUGUAUGUAUUUUUAAAAGAGUACAUGCUUUCAUGUUUUGAUGCUGUAACUGGUUUGUUUUUUCCCCCCACUUUUAAAUCGUCUUGAUUUCACUAUUGUUACAUUUCAAUUGUCCAGUGGUGUGACAAAUGAAUUUCAAAAGGUGUAAUAUUUCAUGUAGUCUCUUAGUUAAUAUGGUUAUGAAAACUGCAUGCACAAUAAUAAUACAAUUUUAAUAAUAUAAUUCUAAUAAUAAUGUUACACUUAUAAUAACAACAUGUUACACUUCAGGACGUUUAAAUGCAUUCAGCUAUUUUGACACAUUUUGACUUCCAUAUGCUUCAUCCACACAAAUUAGCAAAGCUUUAACUUAUUUUAUGCUUAGUAAUGCUAAAAAUCUGUCUUUAUAUUAUGCAGAGGCAUCACAUCUCUGAAUAAAUGAACCUGGAAGUCCUUCUUGAAACUUAUUUACUUCCUGUUGGGUUCCUAUAGCAACAAAGAUCCUUAAGAGAUUCAAGACUUAAAAAAUUGAUUUUU